AUGUCCCACUUUAUCAUUAAGGAAGAUGAAUAAGAACAUGAUGAGUAAAUUCAUAGUAUUGGUUAAGUUGCUGAUCCAUCAAUUGAGAUUUAAUUUGACAGAGAAUCAGUUCUUGAAAAUUAAACUAGAUUAUCACAGUGGACAUAUAAAUAAUCAGACAGGGAAUAAGAUGGAUAGUAUGAGGAUGUUGGUGUGCUCGGAGGCAGUAUUGGAAUGAUUAUUAUAGCAGCAUUAACUUUCUAUGCAAUGCUCUUAUAAAUAUAUGUGAAAGAAAAAUUAGGGCAAAACUAUACUAACUUACCAGAUAUAGCCUAUAAAUUAUUCGGUCAAAUAGGAAAGAAUUAUUUAGAUUUUCUUUUUACGAUAAUGGCACUAUUCAAUUUUGAUUCUACUCCAAUUCUGUUAUAUCAACAAUCGUCAAUGAAGUAGCCAGAAUUAUUUAAAGUAGUGCUAGGAAGAAUAAUACUUGGUGUGCUUGCAACGGUGAUUACUUUUGGAACUAUAUGCUACUUGGUAAUGCUAAUCCCAAUCAUUCUUUGUUGCUUACCAAUUUAUAGAGUUAUGGAAAUUUGA